AUGGCCUUCAUCACUAUCUCGGGAUACCCGUGUUCUGGCAAGACACAGCGCGUCGAGCAGCUUCGUGCACACUUUGAAUCUCGGCUGCAGGAUGCUUCCUACGAGGGUCCGCCACUAAAAGUUGUUGUGGUCUCAGACGACAGCUUGAACCUCUCGCGGAAUGUGUACAACGAUGGGCGUGCUGAAAAACCAGCGAGAGGAGCCCUAUUCACUGCCGUACAACGACAGAUGGGCCAGGAUACCAUCCUGAUAGUAGACUCGAUGAACUACAUCAAAGGCUUCCGGUAUCAGAUGUACUGUGCCGCAAGGGAGCACAAACUACGAGUAUGCACAGUUUUCGUGGUGGCCACACACGAGCAGUGCAAGGAAUGGAAUGCGUCGCGAGAAGAUGGUCGAGCAUACACACCAGAGACACUCGAAAACCUGCUAAUGCGCUACGAGGAGCCGUCAUCCAUGGUGCGCUGGGACUCCCCGCUAUUCACGGUGCCGUGGACGGACCCAGACGUGCCCAUAGACGACAUCUGGAAGGCCGUCACAGAAGGAAACGUGAAGCCACCAAACGCUGGGACCCAAGCCGUACCGAAAGCCCCUACCGAUGCGCUCCGGACGCUCGAGCACACGACCACGACGAUGGUCGCCGCGAUCAUGGCCGAGCAGUCCGCGUCCGGCGGCCUUGGCGGGCCCGUCACGCUCCCCCUUUCCGCGACGUCGAGGCCGCGUGUCAGUCUCCCGCCACGCAACAUAACGCUCUCGGAGCUGCAGCGCUUGAAGCGUCAAUUCGUCACCGUGCACAAGAAGGCGAUCACGCUCGGGACGACGGAGAAGGGUGCGGUGGACUGGAGCGAGGAAAGCAUAGCGGACAAGUUCGCAGUGUACAUCGAAGGCAAUCUGAAGCCGUAG